AUGGGGUCGCGGGAGCCGUGCCGCCGGCUGGAGGCGGUGCUCGGCGCCCUCUACGACCUGGGUGAGGAGCCCGGUGCUCGGGGCGCCGCGGAGAAGAGCGAGGCGAGCGCAGCAGCAGUGGCGCCGGCGGAGGAGAGCCGGGGACCGCAGUCGGCGGCGGGCGGGGCGGCCGGCGGCCGGCGCGGAGCCCGCGACUUCUUCGGGGAGCUGCGGGCCGAGCUGGGCGCCGCCGCCGCCGUCCCGCCACCCCCCACCGCGCCGCCGGCCGUGGAGGUCGUCGUGUUCCGCGGGAGGAAGAGGAAGGGGCAGCCCAGCCCCUCGGCGGUCCCCGACGCCCAGACCAAAAUAGUGGAUGAAAAGAAAAAUGAAAACGAACAAGAAUUUAACUUCGAAAAAGCUCGUCUGGAAGUACACAAGUUUGGAAUCACUGGCUACAAGAAGCAGGAGCAACGCGUAUGGGAACAGGAGCGUGCUAUCAUGCUGGGAGCCAAGCCCCCCAAAAAGGAGCAUGUGAACUACAAGACUUACCAAGAGAAAAUGAAAGAGAAAAAAACAGUGAAGAAUGAUGAUAAGGGAAAGGAACAUAAAGGUGAUUCUCUUAAGAAGAAGAAGAAAGAACAGAAGGAGAGGAAGGCCAAAAGGAAGAAAUCAGUGCCUAGCAUUUGGCCUGCAGGACAAGUUGGAAAAUUCAGAAAUGGGACCUUGAUUCUGCAAAGCUAUGACAUUAAGAAAAUUAAAUCAUCUAAAGUUAUCAAAUGAACUUACGAUACAGAGUGAAAUGGACAAUACGCAUGAGAUAGAAUUCACGUCGCUACCAACACAGACUUAUGAAGCCUCUUGCCUUCCCACCAAAUCCUAAUUUUUUUUACCUUAUUGCAGGAUUUUCUAUAUUCCAUUCUGCCUUGGGAAGAAUAUGAGAAUUUACCAUUUAAUAAAUAAAAAUAAAACUUUUUAUUAAGAAUGUUA